AUGACUUUCCAUUUCGAAGAAAACGAUGGCUGGAAGGAAUUCAUGAAAUCGUCUCAUCGGAAACCGAAGGAGGAUUGCAGCAGAGUGAAGACUGCUGGAUUGUACAAAAAAGUCCGGUAUCAGGCGAUUCCGAUGCACCUGGGCCAAGCUUUCGUCUGUACCGUCGUGACAGACAUAAUCAACAUUUCCGAUGAGACCAUUUCACAAAUUCCUCCCAAGCAACUUUUCCUUUUAACCGGAAAGUCAUGUCACACAAAUGUUUCCUUUUCAUGUGUUCCUAAUGAUUUGACGACCAUCAAGAGCUCUUGA